AUGGUAGAAGAAUAUUGGGUAGAAUUUUUAAAGGUUGAUGAUACAUUAAGGCUUGGACUUUUUACUGAGCUUAAAAACAUGUUGACCAAUCUUGAGCUGGACAUUGAUGAUAUAAGAGAUAUUAGUGAAGAUCCUAAAACAAAGAGCGAAGCUGAGUCCUUAGCAACACGUGAACUUCAGAAUUUUGAGUUCUUGCUUGGCAUGGUAAUUUGGUACAAGUUGUUGCAUGCAAUCAACACUGUAAGUAAAUUCCUUCAAACUGAAAAUAUGGAUAUUGAUGUUGCUAUCAGUCUUUUAGAAGGACUUCUUUUGUUUCUUGAUGACUAUAGAGAAUUUGGGUUUGAUAAGGCCAUGGUUGAAGCGAAACAAAUAGCAAAUGAAAUGGGAGUUGAAGCUGUAUUUCGAGAAAAACGCAUGAUUCGAAGAAAGAAACAGUUUGAUGAAGAUGGCAAUGAUGAGAUAAGACAAUCAGCAGAAGAUUCCUUUAGAGUAAAUUAUUUCCUCUUCAUAAUUGAUCGAGCUCGUUUUUCAUUUCAAACUAGAUUUGAACAAUUUAAAAAAUAUGAGGAAACAUUUGGAUUUCUGUUUAAUUUGAAGAGGUUGAAGUGUGCUGAUGAUGAUACUUUAUUGGGGUCUUGUAAGAAUCUUGAAAAAUCCUUAAUGCAUAAUGGUCAUUUUGAUAUUGAUGGAGAUGAUUUGUUUUUGGAGUUGACAAUCUUGAAAUACUCUUUACCUAAAGAAAUAAAAAAAACAAUUGAUGUGGUGAACUAUUUGAAGAGAAUGGAUGGGUGUUUUCCAAAUGCUUGUGUAGCGUACAGAAUUUUGUUAACUAUGUCAGUUAUAGUUGCAUCUGCAGAAAGAAGUUUCUCUAAGUUGAAGUUGAUCAAGACUUAUCUCCGCUCAACUAUGUCACAAGACAUAUUGAAUGGAUUGGUUAUGUUGUCUAUUGAGAAAAAAAUGCUAGAUCGGCUUCAUUAUGUAAACUUGAUUAAUAUUUUUGCCUCCAAAACUGUAAGGAGAAUAGUUUUUAAUUGA